GCUAUAAGCCCUACCUCCACUUUACCAAAAAAAAAAAAGAAAAAAAAAAAAAGAAAAAAAAAACCCAGGAGGGGGGGCAGAGAGAACUAACGGCACCGUCUUCUUGAAAGCAUCAAAAUUUGACCGAAGCUGCGCAAAACACACUUGGCUCUCCGUCGGAGUGCGGAGCACCGCCGCGUUGGGCUAAACGGUCGAUGCGCUGUGAGGCUGAACAUCACACACACACACACACACACACACACACACACACACACACACACACACGAACUGAGGAUUCCGAGCUUCUCGACUCUCGCUCUCUUUUGGAGUAUAUGUGGAGGUCAAGCGCGCACUUCUAUGAGAAUCCCUGCUUUGCGGCAAGACCAAGUUUGGCUGUUUUCCUGAGAGGGAGUCGAGAGAAGAGCGGACGCGGGGAAUAAACAUGGUCGUGGACGGGGCUUUGCGGCGCUUGGGCUCGCUGUGCGUCCUCGCGCUGUGCUUCGGCUUCGCGUGUCCGCGAGCUCGCGUCUACACCAACCACUGGGCGGUUCGCAUAGCCGGCGGGAGCGAGGUGGCCGAUCAGAUAGCAAGCACAUACGGUUACUCGAACCUGGGCCAGAUCGGUGACCUGAAGGACUACUACCAUUUCUUCCACAGCCGGACGAUAAAAAGGUCGACGCUCUCCAGCCGUGGCACACACAGCUUUAUCUCCAUGGAACCAAAGGUGGAGUGGAUUCAGCAGCAAGUAAUAAAGAGACGGGUAAAGCGAGAUUAUAAACCCUUGUACCCAGGUUCAGUCAAGACCAGCGCAGCACAGUCUGACUCCAUCUACUUCAACGAUGCUAAAUGGAGUAGCAUGUGGUACAUACAUUGUAAUGACAACAUACACAACUGCCAGUCGGACAUGAACAUUGUUGGUGCCUGGAAGAAGGGAUAUACAGGGAAAGACGUAGUGGUCACUAUUUUGGAUGAUGGCAUUGAGCGGAACCACCCAGAUCUCAUACAGAACUAUGAUAACCAGGCCAGUUAUGAUGUAAAUGGAAAUGACUUGGAUCCCAUGCCCAGAUAUGAUGCCAGCAAUGAAAACAAGCAUGGCACGCGGUGUGCUGGGGAAGUGGCAGCAUCUGCCAACAACUCUCACUGCACUGUGGGCAUUGCCUACAAUGCCAAGAUUGGGGGUGUGCGCAUGUUGGAUGGAGACGUGACGGACAUGGUGGAGGCGAGGUCGCUGAGUUUGCAGCCGCAGCACAUUGAUAUAUACAGUGCUAGCUGGGGGCCAGAUGAUGAUGGCAAAACCGUAGACGGGCCUGCAGCACUUGCCAAGCAGGCCUUUGAGAAUGGCAUCCGACAGGGCAGGAAGGGCCGUGGUUCCAUUUUUGUAUGGGCAUCAGGUAAUGGUGGGCGGAGUCGAGAUCACUGCUCAUGUGAUGGUUACACCAACAGCAUCUACACCAUCUCCAUCAGCAGCACGGCAGAAAGUGGCCGCAAGCCCUGGUACUUAGAAGAAUGCGCUUCCACUCUCACCACCACGUACAGCAGUGGUGAAAACUACGACCGCAAGAUUAUCACUACAGAUCUAAGGCAGCGCUGCACAGACAGUCACACCGGAACAUCAGCAUCAGCUCCAAUGGCUGCUGGGAUCAUUGCACUUGCCUUGGAGGCAAACCCCCUCCUGACAUGGAGAGAUGUACAGCACAUCAUCGUGAAAACGUCACGUGCCGGCCAUCUCAGUGCUCCAGACUGGAAAACCAAUGCAGCAGGAUACAAUGUAAGUCACCUAUACGGUUUUGGGCUCAUGGAUGCGGAGGCCAUGGUAAAAGAAGCUGAGAGAUGGAAACAAGUCCCCCAGCAGCAUAUAUGUGUGGAGAAUGCAGAUAGGCAAAUAAGGACAAUUCGCCCAGAGCAUGUUGUUCGCACCGUCUACAAGGCAACGGGCUGUACAGAUAAUGCGAAUCAUCACGUCAUUUAUCUGGAACAUGUAGUUGUACGCAUCACUAUAAGCCACCCACGACGAGGAGACCUAUCGAUUAAUUUGACUUCACCAUCAGGGACAAAGUCACAGCUCCUUGCCAACAGACUGUUUGACCACUCAAUGGAGGGCUUUAAGAACUGGGAGUUCAUGACUACUCACUGCUGGGGAGAGAAAGCCGCUGGAGACUGGAUCCUCGAGGUCUAUGACUCACCCUCACAAGUCCGGAGUCAGAAAGCUCCAGGGAAACUGAAGGAGUGGUCAUUGGUGCUUUAUGGUACCUCAGUGCACCCGUAUUCCUCCCGCAGUGACAAGCCUCGCUCUGUGGUGGAGUCUCCAGUUGAGGAUGAGUAUAGCGAGGAGUAUGUGGGCCCCUGUGAUGCGGAGUGCAGUGAAAAUGGCUGCGAAGGCCCCGGGCCCCAUCAGUGCAUCAACUGCCUGCACUACUUCCUCAAGUUUAAAAACAACACCAGGAUGUGUGUGCCUGAGUGUCCGUCUGGCUUUUUCCGGGAUGAUAAAAGGCGCUGUAAGAAGUGUUCCCCUCUAUGCGAAUCCUGCAUUGGUAGUCGCAGCGAUCAGUGUACCUCCUGCCGCCAAGGUUUUUACCUCAGAGAAGGAGCCAAUACAUGCAGCUAUGCAUGCCCCGAGGGCUACUAUCUGGAUCUUGAUGCCAGUAUGUACCGUAAAUGCAACGAGAACUGUAAGAAAUGUACUGCGGCAAAUAUUUGCACGGAAUGUAAGCCAGGACUCAGUCUACAAGGGAAUAGGUGUCAGCUGACCUGUGAGGCUGGCACAUACUACAACGGGCACAAACGUGUGUGUGAGCAGUGCCAUUCUGCUUGUGCUACAUGUGCAGGUACUGGCAUGGAGGCGUGCACUAAAUGCGCAGAGGGAUACUAUCUUGAGGAGUGGCGCUGUGUUCCCAAUUGCGGUGCAAGAUUCUACAUGGUAGAGAAAACGGCAGAAAAUGGAGAGGUCCAGAAGUCUUGCCGCAAGUGCGAUCAGACAUGCUACACAUGCACAGGUCCAGGAGAUAGAAACUGCAGUUCCUGUGCGAACGGAUAUAACCUAGAAAAUGGCGCGUGUAUUGUCGGCACUAUCUGCAAAGAUGGUCAGUAUGUGGAAGAUGAUGGGAAAUGUAGUUCAUGUGACAUUACUUGCUAUAAGUGUAAAGGACCAACGAAUGAGGACUGCCUUAGCUGCUUGUUGACUAGGUUCUUUGAUGAUGGACGAUGUGUACUGCAGUGCGAGUCUGGAAAGUAUGAAAGGGAUGGGCAGUGUCAUCGCUGCCAUCAUACAUGUCAUGAGUGUAAUGAUGAGGGUCCUGACAAAUGCACCAGCUGCAGCAGAGAUAAGUCGGGAGUGGAGCGCUACCUGUUCGGCGGUGAGUGUGUGGAAAGCUGCCCACAGUCACACUACCACUCGGCAAAAGGCACGUGCGAGCCAUGCGGUCCGAACUGCACCGUCUGCACGAGUGCGACACACUGUGUUCACUGCGCCUUGUCAUUCAGCCCCAGAGACGGUGCAUGCGUCAAACUGGAGUGCGCAGACGGUGAAGUGACUGAUACAGUUCAUGCGGAUUGUGUUACUUGUGAAGAAGGCUGUCAAAAGUGCGUCAGUGCAAAUCCAGCACACUGUGUGUCCUGCCUCAAAGGAUAUUACAAAUUAAGGACAAGUUGCCAUAAGUUUUGCCCUGAGAAAACAUAUGGAGAUGAUGACUAUAUGGUGUGCAGUCCAUGUGAUGACUACUGUGUCAACUGUGAUGAGUCCCAGUGUUACCUCUGUGAAGAUGGCUUCUUACUCUCAGACGGCACAUGUGUGAAGAACUGUAAAGAGGGUUUUUAUUCUGACGAGAGCCACGAGUGCGAGCCAUGUCACCAUGAGUGUCGCUCAUGUGGCGGGCCAUACUAUGACGACUGCGACUCUUGUGAAGAUGGCAUGCGUUUGCUGAACGGGCAGUGUGUCAGCAUGAACAAAAAAAACCGUUGUGACCCCUCACACUUUCUCAACGGACAGGGGGAUUGUGAGCAGUGUCAUCCUACCUGUAAUCUGUGUUGGGGGCCAAGGGUUGAUGAGUGUAAUUCCUGCAUGGAUGGUAUGUUUCUAGUUGCAAGAAGUCAUACGUGUGUACCAUCCUGCCCUGAGGGUACAUUUGGGAACAAGACAAGUGGGCACUGUGAGAACUGCCUGCCAAACUGUUUCAAGUGCCAUGAAGCCCAAAACUGCCUCAAGUGUAGACGUCAUUUCUACCUACAGAAUGGCUUAUGCGUUGACAAGUGUACAAAGGGUUACCCUGAAAGCGGUGUUUGCCGUGGCUGUGCUGAACAAUGUGCCUCAUGUGAAAACCAAGCUGGUUAUUGUCUGAGCUGUGAGCAGCAGUACCUGCUUCACAGACACACCUGUGUGGUCCAAUGCCCUGUGGGAUACCAUGCCAAAGACAAGGUGUGCGAGCAGUGUCCUAACAGCUGCACCCAAUGCGAUGCAAAAAGCCGAUGCACUGAAUGUGAGCAGUACUAUUUCCUGUAUGAGGGCAUGUGUAUGGAUGACUGUCCAAUAGGCUACUUUCCAAAUGUGCAAGAAAAGAAAUGUGAGCGUUGUCAGACAAAUUGCGCAACCUGUGGUGGACCUGAUACAGACGACUGCAUAUCGUGCCGAAAUCCUACAGACGUCCGCUACAAUGGAGCAUGUCUCUCCACCUGUCCAUCAGGCACGUACCAGGACAAGACUGUGUCUGAAUGUCGGGACUGUGAUAGGUCCUGCCUGACCUGCUCUGGCCCUCACCCUUCCUCAUGCUCCAGCUGUAGGCCCAACAUGAGGAAAGAUGUUAACGGCCAUUGUGAGUUCUAUAGCAACUGCUCUCUCAGCACAUUUGAGGAUAAAGAUGGGCAGUGCAAACCGUGCCACGCAAGCUGUCUCCGCUGUUCGGGCGCAGGCGAACAUCUGUGCCUCAGCUGCCGCUCUGGCUAUUACCUGCACAAUGACAUGUGUGUUUCCAUGUGCCCGGACGGUUACUACAGUGACACGAAUGAGCGUGAGUGUAUUAAGUGCCAUGUGACGUGUGCAGUGUGCCAUGGACAUCACAGUAAUGACUGCCUCAGAUGCAAAGAAGACUAUUUCAAGUCGGGAAGCACCUGUCUGCAAAAAUGCCCUCCCAGGUUCUAUGGCAACGAUACCAGUGGGACGUGUGAGCCCUGUGACCCGUCGUGUGUGGAAUGCUCAGACGGUGGCAAUACACACUGCCUAGGCUGUAGAGACGGUUACUUCCUGUUACAACACAAAGGGAUCUGUGUGAAUGUGUGCCCGACCGACUACUUCGUUGACACUUUGAAGAAAAUGUGCCAACCGUGUCACGCAUCCUGCAAAACCUGUGAAAAAUCAGGACCUCUUCACUGCACAUCCUGCUUUGAGGGCUUUCAAAUGUUCGGAGGAAUUUGCUCAUCCCUGUGCCUUGCCGGAGAGUACGCUAUAUCCAAGAGCCCAGAAGUUAAGUGUGAAGCAUGUGACCCAUCAUGUUUAGAGUGUAAAGGGGACGGACCGUUCAACUGCACCAACUGCCAUGCUUUACAUCGUCUCUCAGAGGAUAGAAGGUGUUUAGCUUGCUGUGGAAAAGAAAAUCACAUGGACUCAUCCCCACUGCCCUGGGAGUGCUGCCAGUGCCAUGAUGCUUCCUUCGAUGAGUGUGUGCCUGGGGUCAACUUUAAGUUUCGCAGCAAAGAGGACCUACCUGCAGGAAACUCUGGCGUUCUUACUGUUAUUGCAAUAUUAUUGCUGGUUGGAAUGGGUGUGAUGGGUUUCCUCUUCAUGCACUUCCUCCCAAAACUGCCAUCCUUAAGAGCUGUAAAAUCGAAUGGCUACACCAAGCUGGACAAAGAGCCUGCUUUUACCACGGCCACGCUCCGUGACAGCGUUCAGAGUGAAUACUGUGAUAAGGAUGAAGAUGAUGAUGAUGAUGAUGAGGAGGAGGAUGAGAUUGUGUAUAUGGGGCGGGAUGGCGUGGUGUAUCAUAAAUUUAAGUACGGCCUUUUAGACCAGGAAGAAGAGGACAUGGAUAUGGAGUAUGAUUACUCAAUUUAUGCUAUAGAAUGAAGUGUACUCUUGUAGCACUUUAUUUUGUUGUCUGACGGAAGAUUAUUUAUUGCUACUAUAAUACAGAUGAUGAAGCACUUUCAUUCUUCUGAGGUGAGUAGUUAAAAAAAAAAAAAAAAGUUUUAAUAUUUUGGAGAAUAAUCAACUGUAAGCACUUUGUUAAUACCUCAAAGAGUAUGAUUGCAUUCCAGUACUGUUUUAAACACAACAUCGCAGUCUUUUCUUUAUCGUAUCCACUUUGGGAAAGUCUGUUCACAAUCGUAUGAGCUGUUCUGAUACUUAAGGUGAAGUUAAAUGGGUCUUUGGAGGCCCGAGACAAAAUGUUAUUAUGAAUGCAGACCUCAGGAGCUUACUUGACCCAGAAAUCAAUGAUUACUACGAUCCUCUAUGAAAUAGAGGAUUUCGAAUUUUGAACACAACACACUUCGUGUUUUGACUGGAGUGGAACAGGCUUAAUUGUAAUCAAGAUUAUUAUUAUUUUUUUGCCAAGACAGCAUUAAUACAGUAUGAUAUGAUAUAUGACAUAUGUGACACUGCAGUGCCAGUAUGAAAUUAUUUGGUUAGGGAAUCUGCUGGGAUUUUUAUAUAAGACUCGGUCUUAUAUAAAUAAGUAAUUUUCAUGAGUAACACUGAUUCAAAAAUCUUCUGCCCUUGUCAUGAAAGGUAUUACAUUUUAUUAUUAUGUACUAUGUUUAAAAUGUACACAAAAAAUCUACAAUGAAACGUCAUCGUUGAAUGAGUUAUUAAACAUUUGAGAUUUACCCUUUACCUUUAACUCUGAUUAUGAGAGUGAGCCAAAUGAAAACCUGUUUUUUUUCUUCGCAUUUUUAAAAACGAUUUAUUGCAGAUGGGUGUUUCAAAAGUUUUAAAAGUUUAAGGUAGCGGUAGAAGGGGCUAUCGAGACAAUGGACUAGUAAAAAUUUUUACUUUGUAACUACAAAUAUAAAUGAAAUGUACUGUUUCUCUUCACUUUCAAAUUUUUCAUUUCACUCGCCCUCGUACACCAAAAUCCAUCAGCUCCAUCGCUGUCCGUUUUCAACGACAGAGUGAAAUGUUUCAGUAAUAUAAAAGCAAUAUAAGAAAGUCUCAGUCAGGAAGAUUUGUGAAAUCUAAAUUCUUACACACACACUGAAAAGUUUAGUUUUUUUACCUUUUUACUGUUCUGAAAUGGCUGAGGUAAAUGCAUCCCUUUCAGACUCUCCUUGAUGAACACCAGUGAAACCAGUGUGAAGGAAUUACGAACCUUGCAAAAGAGCAGGAUGACGCACGUUUCUGUCUGAAAGUGUACUUUAUUGUUGAAUUACGUGACAUUGGAGCAAACAAGCAAUCUGACUAAAUCUGAUGUACUGUAUUGGUUAUUCUGCACCUACAUCAUUUGUACUAUCUGAACUAAUUAACUUACUGAAUUGUAUUGCUGAACGUGAGAUUUUCCACUAAACUGCUGGACAAAAUAGCAAAUUCCCAGAAUGUCGUCUUUCUGAUAAACAUGCUGUGGCUUUGGGUACACUUAUACUUACUAUUUCAGCGAGUCAAACCUUUUGCUGUUCUGCAAAUGAAUGAUGUAAAUACAGAUGAAGUGGACUGAUUGUGAAUAGCAUGUACACUGAUUCAGUUUCCAACUGCUAUGUGUGCACUGACUCCACCCUUAACUACAGGAUACAGACAAAGGGUACUUUGGGGAAUAUGGGCUUAGAUACAACUGUCAGUAAUGCUCAGAAUCAGUUAGCUUGGAGUCUACUGUCAAUAUCCACACAAUAACUGGUAAGCAUCCAUAUUAUUAUGAAUAAUAAGAUUAGUCAUUUAUUUUCAUUCAGAAGUGACAAAAAACAAAAAACAGGGAGUUGGGUAUUUAAAAACCAUGUUAGUUUACAGCUCGGUGUCGUAACAGUGUCAUUACUCUGUGCAUGUGUGAAGCUAAAGGGAUAGAAACCGAACACUUGGUCCUAUCAUUCUGAAGGUUAAAUGUGUUUUGCUGAAACGUUGUUGUGGCCUCAUAGAAGCACACCAAGAAGCAACAGAUGGGGGAAAAACCCUCUCAGUAACAUUAUGUUCAAAUUAGAAUAACAGGUGGGAAAUACAGGCUAUGUAAGGGAUAAUCCAUGGCUAGGUGUGCAUUACACGACUUCAAUGCACGACGUGGAGACAAAUAAAAGAAGCAUGAACAUUGUGUAAUGCACACCUAGCCAUGGAUUAUCCGGCUCAUACCAUGCUCACUUUGACAAGUUAAAGCACUGACAAGUUAAAGCUGUCGAAAAAAACUGUCAGGCAAAAUUUGACAAAGGAUAAAAGUAAAGGUUCAUUUUCAUUCGUGUUUUUAUUUAAUUCGUAUAUUCGGGUCGUUAAGAGUUAGAAUUCUGCCUGCUCUCAAUCAUACACAGAUAUACAGUGAGAUAAGAUUACAUUUAUUUGAAUGCAUUAUAAUAAACAGCUAUGAGUGUGUGUGUGUGUGUGUGUGAGAAUUACCUGCAACUGUGAAGCGUUUCUAUUAAUGAAGCUACGAGUUUAACUACUGUACAUUACUAUGGUUGCAGUUGUGUUUAGGCAACACGUUCAUUUCGAACAGUGCUUAAACUGACCGGAAGUACUUGUGUAUACGGUUUUAACACCUUCCAGCCAAUCAGAAUAGAGUAUUCGGACAGACCAUGGUGUAUGUGUGCACGUGUGUAUAUGCUUUUAAAUGCCUGAACAAUAAAGAACAAUAACGCUUACCACCAACGCAACACUGUAGGUUCAAGUUGAUGACCAGUCUUACUUGUUUUCAGUCUUACUUGUUUGAGCUAUUAAAGGUUUUGAUUAAACCAUUUCAGUUCAAGUGACCAGUCUAACAGGUUAAUAAGUAGAAGUAAUCGGUAAUAAACAUAAUAGCUUUGAUAAUGGUGGGCUGUAAAUUCCACCACUGUACCUAUUUAAAAAAAACAAAAACAAAUCACAGCCCCUCUGGUUAUGCUUUACAGAUGUCUGUGGGACCCUAAGUUACACUUUGAGACCUGCUGAUCUACAGUGGUGCUGGAAAGUUUGUGAACUAUUUAGAGUUUUCUAUCUAUCUGCAUAAAUAUGACCUAAAACAUCAUCAGAUUGUCUACAAGUAGAUAAAGAGAACCCAGUUAAACAAAUGAGACAAAAAUAUUAUACUUGGUCAUUUUAGUUAUUGAGGAAAAUGAUCCAAUGUUCCAUAUCUGUGAGUGGAAAAGGUAUGCGAACCUCUAGGGUUAAUUUGAAGGGGGAAUUAGACUUGGGUUCUCGUUGUCUACUUUUAACUCGUUUGAUAAUCUGAUGGUUUAGGUCAUAUUUAAGCAAAUAUAUAGAACAUUGUAAAGGGUUCACACUACUGUAUAUAUUCACUCAUGCCCAUAUUCCUUUGAUUAUAUACAGCAAAAUAAUCUCUCUAUGCAAAUCAGAUCUUAAAUUAACUUCAAAUAUACAUAUAUGACCAGCAAAUGUAGCAUCUCCAGUUUUAAAUGUAAAGUACAUCUAUUACUGAAUAAAACUGUAGUAUUUUUCUUAAAAGUAAAUAAAAUCACAUCCCCUUAAAAUACAAUUUACAGCAAGUCAAUAAGAAACCAAGCAUGAGACUAAUUUCAGAUAUUACUUGGAUUGUACGCUGUGAUAUCAGUGAUCUAAAAGAUCUAACUUAGACAAGUCUCAGUCCUGGAAGUUCCUGGUUUCUUAUCUGUUGGUGGUCUGAACUGGUUGAGGUAACUUCGUUCCUUCAUGAAAACCAGUGCAAUCCAACCUCUUCGUGUUUCAUCCUCCAUAAAGAAAUAACUCUGGAUGACAUGUCCAAGACAAUCAGUGCCUGCACAUGUAAACCUUUCUGAAAGACGCUAUAGUACAGAAAUAAUGCAAAUAAUGCAUAUCUGUUACAGUGG